AUGCAGCUCGACGAGAACAUGACAGACAACUCAGCAUACCGGAUCAAACCCCUCGAGAACGCAGAGUCGUAUUCCUCAUGGAGCACGAAGAUGAUCAACAUUCUGAUGGACCAGGACCUCGAUGACUAUGUAAUCGGAUCAAAACAGACUCAGCCCACUGUAUCGAGCGACACAGCAGGAGCCGUAGUGAUGGAAGGAUGGAAGAAGAAGCAGAGGAAGGCCCUCUCAGCAAUCAGGCUCAGAGUCGGGGAUGGACCGAUGGCAUACAUCCAAGCAUGCACAACAGGCAUCAACGCGUGGGUUCGACUCCAACGCGUGUACCAGCCGAAGGGAGCUAUUUCGAUCAUCCGACUCAGGAGGCAACUCUUCCGAACCACGUGUGAAGAAGAAGAAAAUAUCGAGGAACAUAUUUGA